UUAAAUUUUGUUCAUCUUGUUCGGUGUAGUAGCGUCAAUCUCAUCUAGCGAUCUUGGGGACUCAAGUGUCGAUUAAAAAUAAUUAUUAAAUUUAUUAUAGAGUUAUUGCUUUAAAUAAUAACGUUUGAAGGUAUUCACAAAUGUCUGAAUCCGAUUUAUUAGCUGCUGAUCAUAUUGAUGGUCUAGAUGGACUUGAAAAUGGUCAAGAUGGAGAUGCCAUUAUGCAGUGUGACAGUGUAAAACGUGAAUUGAAUGAAGCAAAUAUUGAUGAUCCGGAAUUAGAGGCUAUCAAAGCACGUGUCAGAGAAAUGGAAGAAGAAGCAGAAAAAUUAAAACAAUUACAAUCUGAAGUGGACAAACAAAUGAAUAUGGGCAGUCCACCUGGAAUAACGAGUCCAUUAAAUAUGUCAAUUGAAGACAAAAUGGAAGUUGAUAAUAGAUCCAUUUAUGUUGGUAAUGUUGAUUACGGCGCUACAGCAGAAGAAUUGGAGCAGCAUUUUCAUGGUUGUGGCAGUGUUAACAGAGUAACAAUAUUGUGCAAUAAAUUUGACGGACAUCCCAAAGGUUUUGCUUAUAUAGAAUUUGCAGAACGUGAUUCUGUACAAACAGCUAUGGCUAUGGAUGAAUCGAUGUUCAGGGGACGUCAAAUUAAAGUAAUGCCUAAAAGAACAAAUAGACCUGGAUUAUCAGUGACAAAUAGGGGACCACGAGGAGCACGAGGUUAUCGAGGUAUAGCAAGAGGAAUCAUACGUGGCAGUGCAUAUUUUGGAUAUAGACCUAUAAGGCGACCUAGGAGUUAUAGACGGGGCUACUACAUGCCAUAUUGACCGUUUUAAUGUAUUUUAUCGGAAUUUUGCAAAUUGAG